UCUAUGGGGAAAGGAGAUCUGUUGGCAUUUGUGGUUUUGUUUUCCGUGCUGCACAUGGUAUGCGGUCAGAACUCUGCAGGUGCGGCCACUGGAUUCAGUCUUCACCCUCCAUACUUCAACUUGGCAGAAGGGGCCAAAAUCAGGGCAACUGCUACCUGUGGAGAGGAGAUCAGCUCUGGGAGAGAAGGAGAGGUGCCCCAGUCUAGGAUGGAUCUGUACUGUAAACUGGUGGGAGGACCAGUGCUGUCAUCACACACUAUCCAGGGACAGUUCUGUGAUGUCUGUGACAUAUCAGAUCCUAACAAAGCAUACCCUGUGUCCAAUGCCAUAGAUGGAACAGAGCGAUGGUGGCAAAGCCCCCCAUUGUCAUUGGGGUUGCAAUACAAUGAGGUCAAUGUCACUAUAGAUCUUGGUCAGCUCUUCCAUGUUGCUUAUGUUCUCAUCAAGUUUGCCAAUUCUCCUCGUCCUGAUCUUUGGGUGCUAGAGAGGUCUACUGACUUGGGAAACACAUACACCCCUUGGCAAUACUUUGCUAAUUCUAAGCAUGAUUGCCUGCAUCAGUUUGGAAAGGAAACCAAACAACCUAUCACUAGGGAUGAUGAUGUCAUUUGCACAACGGAAUAUUCCCGCAUUGUCCCUCUAGAAAAUGGGGAGGUUGUAGUCAGGUUAGUGAGUGGACGACCCGGUGCUAAACAUUUUAUGGACUCGCCGGUACUGAGAGAAUUCACAAAGGCUACAAAUAUAAGGCUGCGUUUCCUCAGGACAAACACGCUGCUUGGACAUUUAAUAUCUAAAACGGAAAAAGAUCCGACGGUAACACGCAGGUACUACUACAGUAUUAAAGACAUCAGUAUUGGAGGUCGCUGUGUGUGCCAUGGUCAUGCUGCGGUCUGCGCUUUGAGAAAUGCUGGCAACCAGAAUCUGUAUCAGUGUCAGUGUCAGCAUAACACAUGUGGGGAGAUCUGUGACCGCUGCUGUCCUGGUUAUAAUCAGAAGCCAUGGCGGCCUGCUGGUGUUGACACAGCCAAUCAAUGUGAACCCUGCAAUUGUCAUGAACAUGCCUCUGACUGCUAUUACGAUGCUGAGGUCGAUUAUCAGCGAGCGAGUCUAGACAUACAUGGACAGUACAGUGGAGGAGGAGUUUGCAUUAACUGCCAGCAUAAUACAGCAGGUGUGAAUUGUGAGAUGUGUGCUGUGGGAUACUAUCGACCAUAUGGCGUUCCUAAAGAAGCACCUAAUGGCUGUAUCCCUUGCAGCUGCAACCCUCAACAGUCAGAUGGAUGUGAAGAAGGAUCAGGAAGAUGUUAUUGUAAGCCCAACUUUACUGGAUCUAACUGUGAGAGGUGUGCUGAAGGAUACUAUGGAUAUCCAGUCUGUCGACGAAUUCCAUUCUAUCCUGUAUCUACUACAUCAUCUCCUGUGAAGCCAACUGCUGGCAACAUAAAAGGAUGUGAUUGUAAUCCCAAUGGAGUGCUCCCUGAGGUAUGCAGCACUGUUGGAAAGUGCCUGUGCAAGUUUUGGGUGGAGGGGGAACGCUGUGACCAGUGUCGUCAAGGAUAUCACUCCUUUCCUAGCUGCUUUGCCUGCCAGUGUUCAGCUCAAGGCUCCUUUCAAAGUACAUGUAACCCUGUGACUGGGCAAUGUGAAUGUCGACCAGGGGUAAUUGGACUAAAAUGUGACAGGUGCUCAUCUGAAAUAGAUGAUUAUCCAUAUUGUCAAGGCUUUAAUGGAGACUGUAACCUCAUUGGGACCAUCAAUUCUCAAGCUGGACACUGCCAGUGCCUGCCCAGAGUUGAGGGUAUAACCUGUGAUCGUUGCAAGCCACUAUAUUGGAAUUUAGAUAAAGAAAAUUCACAAGGCUGCAUUGAUUGCUCCUGUGAUGUAGAUGGAACAAUAAGUGGAAUAGGUGAAUGCCACCAGACUGAUGGUGACUGCCAUUGUAAGCCAUACACUUGUAGCACAUCCUGUGGAACAUGUCAAGAUGGCUAUUAUUUCCUAGAAAGCAGGAAUUAUUUUGGAUGCAAAGGCUGUCAGUGUGAUGUGGGAGGAGCUGUCAGUCAUCUGUGUGAUGAAUCUUCAGGAAAAUGCUCUUGCAGAAAAAACAUUAACGGCAACAACUGUAAAAUACCAAAGCAAAGCUUCUACUUCCCUGACCUUUAUCAAAUGAAAUACGAAAUAGAGGAUGGCACAAGUUCUGAUGGAAGGGCCAUACGUUUUGGAUACAACGCAGAGGAGUUUCCUGGGUUUAGUUGGCGGGGAUAUGUUCAAAUGUCAUCCAUUCAAAAUGAAGUUAGGAUCCCAGUUAGUGUGGGUAAAUCAAAUCUCAACCUAUUUCGUAUUAUCCUGAGAUACAUUAAUCCUGAAGUGAAUCCUAUAACUGGGCACAUCACUGCAUUCAGAUCUCGGCUGAGCAAAGACGUCAAAGAUAUCGUGUUCCAUCCAAGUAGAGAGCCAGCAUUUCUUACCGUGCCAGGAAAAAGCUUUGCUGAGCCAUUCUCUUUGGCGCCUGGAAACUGGGUCAUUAAAAUUGUGGUGGAAGGAGUGCUCUUGGAUUACCUUGUGCUGCUGCCAAGUGAUUUCUAUGAAGCAUCCAUUUUACAGCUAAGAGUUACUGAGCCAUGCAGUAAUACUGGACUUGUUGGUGAAAACUGUCUUGUGUAUCAUCAUUUGCCAAUGGAGAGGUUUAAGUGUGUUCGUGGCCCUGACAUAGAAUACUUCAAACAAGAUGGAGUAAACCGGCCAAUAAUUGUUCGGCAACCAAGCAACAGUCCACCAGUCGCGUAUAUUUCUGGAGGACAGGUGGAGCUCCGAUUCAGGGUAAAUGUCCCCCGGGCUGGAUUCUAUGUGCUUGUGUUUGAAUAUGCCAAUGAAGAUCCUCAGCAAUACACUCUCAAUGUGUUUACAGCCAAUAACCCUUCUACUGCCGCCAGAGUCAGGCUCUAUAACUGUAAAUACAGCUUCCAUUGCCGCAGUAUUGUAGUGGACAGCAUGAAUCGCAUUGCCAAGUUUGAGUUGUUAUCAGAUGUAGAAAUUCAAGUGACAGCAGCUACAGUCAGCUUCUUGCUGCACUCUAUAUGCAUUGUUCCCAUAGAAGAGUUCUCAAUUGAAUAUGCAGAGCCUAAAAUAAAAUGUAUUGCUGCUUAUGGGCGCAGUCAAGGUCAGAGUCCAUCAUGUAUUCAGUCUUCCGUCUAUGAAACUCCCCCUCUGGCAUUGUUCCUGGACUCUGUGAAAGACGCCGUAUCUUCUGACGGACAGAAACCCAUAGUGCAAGAACAUGUCCCUGGACCAGGGCUGCCAGGUCACUCAGGCAACAGAGUACAGCUAAAAUCACCACGGAAUGACAUCACUUUGGCAAGAAGAAUACCCCAUACAGGAAGAUAUGUCUUCAUUGUCCAUUACUACCAGGCUGAUAACCCCACAUUUCCUGUAUCAGUCCUAGUGAAUGGGGGAACCCAGUAUUCAGGUACUUUCAACGCUUCAUAUUGCCCUCAUGUGUUUGGCUGCCGAGAUUUGGUAGUUGCUGGUAAUCGUAUUGGUCUUGAUAUCACUAAUCCAGACCUGUCAGUGACAGUGACGGCUCCUCCAGAGAAGUUGCUUCUUUUGGAGUCCAUCCUGCUGGUCCCAACAGACAGUUACUCAUAUGAUCUUCUGCAAGAAAAACCCUUGGAUAAAUCUUUUGACUUUAUUAAUAAAUGUGGAGAAAACAGCUUUUAUAUUGAUCCAGUUACCUCACCUGAGUUCUGCAGAGAUUCAGCAAGAUCACUCGUUGCUUAUUAUAAUGAUGGAGCAUUGCCAUGCCGAUGCAACCUAGAAGGAGCCACAAGUCCAAACUGCAAUCCUAUUGGUGGACAGUGUAGAUGCAAACCUAACAUUAUUGGAAGAACAUGCAGUCAGUGUGCUACUGCCUACUAUGGAUUUCCAGACUGUAGAUCAUGUAACUGCGCUCAUCGUCUUUGUGAUGAAGUAACUGGUAGAUGCAUCUGUCCGCCUCAUACGGUCAAACCUUCAUGUGAACUUUGUGAACAACAGUCAUUCAAUUUCCAUCCUCUUCUGGGAUGUGAAGGGUGCAACUGUUCAAUCACAGGCAUAAUACAGCCAUCCCGCCCAGAGUGUGAUGGGAUAAGUGGACAGUGCAGAUGUAAACCAAGAAUAACAGGCAGGCAGUGUGAUCGCUGUGCUCCAGGUUAUUUCCGCUUUCCUGACUGCAUUCCGUGUAACUGCAAUUCAGAUGGUACACAGCCUCAGAUCUGUGAUCACCACACAGGUGUCUGCCUGUGCAAGGAAAAUAUUGGAGGUACAAGAUGUGAUGCUUGCCAGAGUGGAACAUUUUAUUUUGAUCCUUCAAACACCAAAGGAUGUACCAAGUGUUUUUGUUUCGGAGCAACAGAUGUUUGCCAUUCUUCCAAUAAGCACAGGAAAAAGUUUGUAGACAUGAGGUCAUGGAGUCUCGAGGCAUCAGAUCAGACCAGAGUCGCUGUCACUUUCAACCCAGGCAGCAGAAGUGUUGUAGCAGAUGUGCAAGAAUUACCACCAUCAGUUCACAGUCUGUACUGGGCGGCACCAGGGUCAUAUUUGGGAGAGAGGAUCUCUUCAUAUGGCGGCUCUCUGACAUAUCAACUGAAGUCCUUUGGCUUACCAAAUGAAGGCAUGGUGCUUCUAGACAAGCGACCAGAUGUUCGGUUGACAGGUAGACAAAUGACUGUUGUUUAUGUGGAUGCCAGCAAUCCUUUACCAGACAGGCAAUACUAUGGACGUGUUCAGCUUGUGGAGGGGAACUUCCGACAUGCAAGCAGCAACAGCUUAGUGUCUCGAGAGGAGCUCAUGAUGAUCUUGUCCAGACUGGAAAGCUUAAACAUCCGAGCCUUGUACUUCACUGAGACUCAGCGCCUCACCCUUGGAGAGGUUGGACUUGAGGAUGUCACCAUCUCAGGAAGUGGGCGUGCAGCACACAGUGUAGAGAUAUGUGCCUGCCCACCAGAAUACACAGGUGACUCAUGCCAGGGGUGUGCACCUGGACACUACCGUGAGAAUCAGGGAUUGUACCUAGGAAGGUGCGUUCCAUGUAGGUGUAAUGGACAUUCAACACGAUGUCACGAUGGGUCAGGCAUAUGCAUCAACUGCCAGCAUAAUACCGCAGGUGACCACUGUGAAGUGUGCAAAGAAAGUUACACAGGGAAUGCUGCAGAUGGGUCAUGUAGUUUGUGUGCUUGUCCUCUCCCUGUGCUUUCAAACAGCUUUGCCACGGGAUGUGCAGGUAGUGGGAGAAACCUAAAGUGUUUCUGCAAGCCAGGAUACACUGGAUUAAAAUGUGAAGAAUGUGCCCAGGGCUACUAUGGCAAUCCAUUACGGUUAGGCAGCAAAUGUCAGCCAUGUAACUGUGGUAAUAAUGGGCAGCUGGGCAGUUGUGAUCCUUUAACUGGAGAAUGCCUUGAUGAAGAUCCAAAGGACACUGGAGAUGAUGAAUCUUGUGACAGCUGCAUUGAUACCCUAUUGAUGGAUCUGAUGACUAUACAAGAUGAAUUCAACCUGAUAAAGGCCAGGCUGCAAAGCUUUAAUGCCUCCAGCCGAUCACUGAAGCAGAUCAGAGACCUGGAAGCUCACAUCCAAGAAGUAAAGCUUCAGUAUGAUAUUUAUAACAGUAAACUCACAAGUCAGCGUCAGAAAGUGGACAGUCUGCAGAAAGACACUGGGAGCCUGAAACAGCAGAUAGCAGCUCUGCUCGAAAAGGCUAAAAUUAAUUUUGAGAAGUAUGAAAAUAUCAUGAAAAAUGCUGAUAAUACUUUCCGUGACUCUAGCAAAAUGCUUCUGAACAUUGAUGUACUCCUGAAGAACAUUAACAUCCUCAUUAAAGAGAUUGCAAGUGGACCAGCUGACCCAUCAAGCGCUGGAGAAGUGUCCUCGAAAAUGGCUGAGGUCCAGCGAAUGAUAAAUGAGAUGCGAAAGCGCAACUUUAACACACAGAAAGUGGAAGCAGAACGGGAGAAAGAAGACGCCAAAUCUUUACUGAACCGCGUGAGAAACCAGUUCCAGAAGCAUAUUGACCAGCAUAAGGAGCUCAUGAAGGAAAUCAACAAGUCAAUAAAAGAUUAUGAAGCCAAAAUAAAUGAUCUCCGGGAUGCCCUAGGUGAAGCUUCAGCACAAACCAAACAAGCAAAUAACCUCAACAAAGACAAUACAGUUAUCUUAGAUGAUCUUAAGAAAAGAGUUGCUGAAUUAACUAAACAACAAAAAGAGGCAGCCGGUCAUCUUAAAGGCGCAGAGAUCAGCCUGGGACAGACCAGCAGUAUGCUGGGUUUGCUGCAGAAGAGUAAAGAGGAGUAUGAGAAGCUGGCAGCACAGCUGGAUGGCGCUAAGCAGGAGCUGAACGAAAAGGUGAACGUCCUCUCGAAGGCAGCCAGUAAGGAACCUCUAGUGAUAAUGGCAGAAGAACAUGCAAAGUCUCUGCAGAACUUGGCCAAUCAGCUGUUGGAAAUCAGACGGAAUACCAGCGAGGAGGAACUGGUUCGCUGUGCUGUUGAUGCUUCCAAAGCUUAUGAUGACAUUAUAAAUGCUGUGAAAGCUGCUGAAGAGGCUGCAAAGAAGGCAAAGACAGCGUCUGAUUCUGCUUUGGCAAAAGUACAAAAUGAAGAUCUACCUGGAAAAGCCAAGAAAUCUCUUACAGACUCAGAAGCACUAUUGGAACAGGCCAAGAAAACGCAAAAAGCACUCAGAGAUGUAAACCCAGAGCUUGAAGACCUAAAGGACAGACUGACGGAGGCUACAGAUAAGAAGAAGAGUUUGUCAGGUGACCUCACAGCGGUCCAAAAUAGUAUCAAUGCCAUCAAAAGAGAUGAUAUCGAAAAGAUGAUCAACAAUGCCAAAAGCGUAGUUGCUGAUGCCGACACAAUUACUAAUAAUGUUAAAAAGGAAUUAAAACCCAUCGAAGAAGAUGUAAAUAAACUUAAGGGCACAAUUGUAACCGGACAAAAUGAGAUGCUCAAUGAAGCACUGAAAGAAGCAAGUGAAUCCGUGAAUAAACUGAGUGACAGCCUGCCUGAUGUCUUUGAGGCCAUGAAUAGCAUCAAUGAUCUGAUGCCUUUAGGAAAUAUCUCUGAGAGCGUCAGCCGUAUCAGGGAGCUGAUUCAGCAAGCCCGAGAUGCUGCAAAUAAGGUGGUAGUACCAAUGAGGUUUGAUGGCAGUUCUGGAGUAGAGGUGCGGCCUCCAAGUAACCUGGAAGAUUUGAAAGCCUACACAUCUCUGUCACUCUUUCUUCAAAGACCGCAAAAUCGAGGAGACCGUCGCAAACGUCAGCUGCCUCCAAACAUGUUUGUCAUGUACCUGGGCAACAAAGAUACUACAAAGGAUUACAUAGGACUUGCUGUGGAAGAUGAUAAACUUAAGUGUAUGUUCAAACUGGGAAACGAUGUGAAAGAAGUCAACGUGGAUUCAUUUGUAUCAGUCAAUAAACCAGAUGAAGCCAUAAUGGACAGAGUUGUUUUGGAAAGGAUCUACCAGUAUGUGACCUUGAGCUAUACAAAAGCAUUCACAUCAAAUAAGCCAGACCCUGUUGCGAGAUACAAUUCUAAGGUGCAGCAAGGCACUUUGCUCAGCCUUACUGAAAACGAUGUUGUCUUUUAUGUUGGAGGAUAUCCGGAUGACUUCACACCACCACGAGGAUUGGACUAUCAAAGAUACAGAGGAUGCAUUGAACUAGAUGACCUAAACCAAAAAGGAAUCAGCUUGUACAAUUUCCGCAGGACGUUCAACAUUGACACUAAGAAAGUGGAGCCUUGUAAAAGAUACAAGGAAGAAUCAGAAAAAAGUUUCUUUGAAGGUAUUGGAUAUGCUACCAUAACAUACACCUUGCCAUCUGGAGAUAACCUGCGGUUACGCUAUGAGCAGACUAUCCAGACCACAGCAGAUAAUGGCUUGUUAUUCUUUGCAGAACAAGAGGACAAUUACAUCAGUGUUGAAAUUGAAGAUGGUGUUCUUGUCCUUAAAUAUAAGCUAAAUUCAAGCCCAGUGAAACAGGUUAAGAGUACUUUCGGACGUGUCAAUGAUGGAAAGGAACAUUUGACUGAGGUGUAUAUUAUACCAAAGACUAAAUUGUUACGUGUGCGACAAGGCCUGCAAAGCAUAAACGAUACCGGUGUUGAUGUAUUUACAUUUUCUACUUACUAUUUGGGUGGAGCCCCAUCAGAGUUUAGGGAAAAGUUUGACAUAAAAACUCCUCCUUUCCGUGGAUGUGUUAAAAAUGUCAAGUCCCCACAGAGUGGAACCACGUUUUCAGAAACAUAUGGAGUCAAUCGGAGAUGCUAUGAUGACUGGAAUAUUGUCCGAUCGGCGGAGUUCUCUAAUGGUGGAACUCUGGGACUAAAACCAGAUGGUUUCUCCUUCCCGGCAGACUUCCAGGCAUCAUUUGGUUUCCAGACACCCCAAAACAAUGCCAUUCUGCUGACUCACCAGACACAGUCCGAUGACCUACAAGUCUCUAUAAAGGAUGGAACUGUAACUGUAGAUACAAAAAAUGCUAAGCUACAAUCAAAGAACAAAUAUGCAGAUGGAGCAAUGCAUUAUGUAUCUGUGAUAAAGGAAAAUGAUGAGCUGAGACUUUUAGUUGAUGACAAGGACGUGACAGAUAACAUGGAUUCCACAGGAACCUCAAAUUUAUCACCCACUGACAUUUACCUUGGAGGAAACGGAUUUAAGGGCUGUGUCACUAAUGUUUUUAUAUCAAGGGCAUCGCAAAAUCCCACUGUUCAGGACCUUGCUGUGAACACAGAGAAGAAUAAAGUGUCACUUGGAGCUUGCACUCCAGACGAGGCCCCAAUGCCUCUCAUACUGAAGGCAAUGAAGCAGCCUUUAAGUCUCAGUCUUAAUGACUUUGGCAUGUACGACCUGAAUUUAAAGAGCAUUCAGAAGAGCCUGAAAAGCUGCCCUACGCACACAAACUUGGCAUCAUCUCUGGGCUCUCUCACGUUUGGUGAUUCUCCUGAAAGUCACUUGGUCUAUGAUCUAAACAAGCAGAUUUUCAAGGAGCGGUCACAUUUCUCAUUGGACGUUCGCACCGUCAAAUCAUCAGGCUUGAUACUAUUAAUGACUGACAAACAGGCGUCCAGUCACCUGGCUCUUCAUAUUUCCAAGGGGCACUUUGUGUUUUCCUUGGGUACUAAAGACAACAAGAUAAAAAUAAGGAGUCAAGACAAAUACAAUGAUGGGAAGUGGCAUACAGUUGUGUUUAGCUGGGAUGGGCUAAACGGCCGGCUUGUAAUUGAUGGGCUAAAGGCUCGAAAGGGAAGUAUGAAAAAACAGUUCAGCCUGGAAGCUAUGACUCUACUGUACCUUGGUGGCGUUCCAUCUCUUAAAGUACAGGGUAUGCCAAAGAAAAGCUUUACUGGUUGUCUGAAGAAUGUAAAGAUAAAUGAGGUGCCUCUAGAAAAGUCAUCACAUACAGUUGGUGUCACCCCAUGUUACGAAGGCUCUUUUGAACCGGGAAUGUAUUUUGCUCAAGAGGCAGGAUACAUAGUUGCCGAAAGUACCUUCGACACAGGACUUGAUUUUGAAAUAAGUUUUGAAAUCCGGCCACAAGACCUAUCCAAUGUAUUACUACAUCUGGGGGACAAAAACGACAACAGGCUGAGUCUUUACAUGGACAGUGGAAAGGUAACCUUGUCUGUGAAUAAUGGUGCUGGUCCUUUCAAAGCCUCAGUUACUCCUCCAGAGGUGCUGUGUGAUGGAAAAUGGCAUACCAUAACAGUGAGUCAGAAGAGAAAUGCCGUUCAUCUCUAUGUAGACAAUGAAUCCAAGCAGACAGCCGGCCCGAGCUCUGCACUGCGAUCAAAUACUAAGGCCCCAUUGUACAUUGGGGGAGUCCCAGAUGCCUUGGAAAUGCCAUGGCUUCCUAUCAAGAGAUCCUAUGCUGGCUGUAUGAAGAACCUGAAGGUCAAUAAAAAAGAUCUAAACCUCGGUAAAAUCUUAAAACUCCAUGGUGCCAUCAGCCUAAGCAGAUGUCCUGCGGUUUAACUGCUUAGUCUGUUUCACAUAUCACUCUCCAGGGAACGUUCAUCAAUAUGGAUCUAUUGAGAACUGCUGCAAAGACUUUUCCCCAUAUUAAGGAUUUGUUCUAAGCAUGGAAAAUGGAUAUUGGGAACGCUAAGCACUUCUGAUAUACUCAUUUGCAGUUUGUUCAAAUGUAAAGCCAAUCUGGACUGCAACUACCUCAAUUAGAAGAACUGUUAUUGGCAAAUGGAGUGUUGCCUUGUGGGAGAACAUGCUGCUUAUCUGUGAUAGAUUAUACGAUCUUGGAACAGAUAUCAGGAUAAACUCAAAGAAGUGAAUUUCAGAGACCACACAGACGGUUUCGCUUUUAUC